AUGACUACUACGACUACACCACCAACGCCAACAACCACUGACACUCCAACUAUAACGACAAAUACAAUGAAUAACCCUUCUGCAGACCCGAUAAUGACAACGACAACGACAACGACCAACUCAAACACAACAAGUGGACCAUCCUCACCACAGCCAUUCCUCAACACAUUUGAGAACUCAAUCGAUCUGCUCGACUCACUGGACGACUCGCCACAGUUCAGGAAGCAACUACGCGACAAUGAGCAAAGUGUCGAGGAACUAAGCCAGAGCAUCAAGAAGCUGCUCAAGUCUGCGCGCCAGACCUGCGACCUGGGCAACGAGUACAACAACUCAUUCCGCACAUUCACCGACGACGUCCUGUCCUACAGACUGGAUGCGCGCGUCAAUGACGAGGUGCUCGAGAAGGGCAUGAUCAAGUUCGCCACCGCCCUCAAGGAGAUUUGCAACUAUCGCGAGAUGCUGCACAUUGAGAUGGAGGCGCUGCUGCACAACCCUCUCAGCGAGUUUGCCGACAACGACUUGAAGCAGGUCAAGGAGCUGUACAAGAAGUACGACAAACACAGUCAGCUACAUGACACGGCCGCACUCAAGCUCGGCCAGAUCAAGAAGAAGCACUCCAAUCGCCUCGAGGAGGUCGGUCAGGAGGUGACGGACAUCUAUCGCACACGCAUAGCACACAGCGUGGACUUGGUGGAGAAGAUGAAUGAGCUUCAGGCACGUCGUCGCUUCGAGUUCCUCGAGAUGUUCUGCGUGUACCUUCAAGCACAGUCCACCUUCUUCCACCAAGGCUACGAGUUGUUCCGCGACCUUGAGCCACAAAUGCGCAUCUUCUCCAGCUACCUCCAAUUCACCAGGAAGCACUUUGAUGAGACAAAGCAUCAACAAGAGGUACUCAAGCAAGAUAUUGUCAAUAGAUCCAACCUCUCAUCCUCCCCAUCACAAACACAUACACAUCCUGCCAGCAAGCAGUUCUUGCAGGGUCGUGCAUCAGAUGUAGCUUGCAAGAAGGGUUACUUGUUCAAGAAGUCCAGCAGCAAGUUCAGCAGACGCUUCUUCUCAUGCGAUGAUGGCAAGCUAUCAUAUUACAAGAGUGGCAAUGAGCAUACACCGAGACAUACAUUCAAACUAUUCUUGACAACAGUGCGCAUUAGAGAGGACUUGGAGCAUAGGAACUGCUUUGAGGUACUCUCACCUGACAACUCACUCAUUCUACAGGCAGAGUCAAAUGAGAGCAUGAUGGAAUGGGUACAAGUGUUACAGAACUCGACGGCCAAUCUCAUCAACAACAUCUCACCAACCUCAGACAGACCCAGACUACAUAGCUCUGGUGGUGGACACAACAAUAACCACCACAACAGUGGCAACAGUGGCAACAACAGCGUAAAUGGUACAUCAUGUAAUAUAGUCAAUAGUAACAAUAACAGUAACAACAGUAACAGUAACAAUAGCGGCAACAAUAACAACAACGAUCUCACUCAAUCAUCAUCAACAGAGGAUGAGGAUACACCACCACUGGCCAUUCUACGAAGUUUGGACGCGUCAAACAAGAUGUGCUCGGACUGUGGCGCAAAGGAUCCAGACUGGGCCUCAAUCAACUUUGGCUCAAUCGUCUGUAUCGAUUGCUCAGGCGUACAUCGCAGUCUUGGAGUGCACAUUACCAAAGUGCGAUCACUUGUCCUCGACAAAUGGGAGCCAGAACUAUUUGAUAUGAUGAAGCGUAUAGGUAACAACAAGGUCAAUCAGAUAUUCGAGUCGAAUGUGGCAGCGGACAGAGUUAAACCGACAGCAACAUGUUCAUUCGAAGCGAGAGCAAAGUGGAUCAGGGACAAGUACGACAAGAGGUUGUUCGUGACCUUUAUCGAGAAGCCACUGGUCGAACUCAACUCAAUGUUAUACAAAGCAGCUGGAGAGGGCGACACUGGACACUUGCUGGAUUUGAUGGCCAGCGGAGCAGACCCUAAUCACUACGACCCGGAACAUAUGUACAGAUCACCACUGCACAGUGCAGUGGCCAAUAACCAGGCGCAGAACCUUUGUUUGUUGCUACAGAAUGGCGCGCAGACAGGUAUACAGGACAUCAAUGGCAACACGGCAUUGCACGUGGCCGCCGACUGCGGCAGUACGAAAUGUAGCAUACUGUUACUGAUGAAGAAUACGGCGCUACUAAACAUCACCAAUAAGGAUAAGAGGACUGCACUUGACCUGGCUGUGGACAAAGGGCAGGUGGGCUGUGUGGCCAUCCUUCGACUGUCACAGCUACAGCGAGAUGAGAACAGACAAUUCGACGACUGCUUUGCCGAUGUGCUUCGAGGAUUCUCUGGCAAUAAAUGA